UAUUUGUACAGGUUCGUACAAAAAUUAUAAUAAUUCAUUUGGACCUGACUCUUGUUUGUCCAUCCGGCCGUUAAGCCUUUCGAAGAUGGAGAAAACAUGCAGAUGAAUUCUGUUGAAGGGAUAUGUUUACAACAUGAUAUGAACUUUCAAUUACGAUGUUGUCAUUUUAUGCAAACUAAGUCGUUGUUUUACACUGAUGAAGUCCUUAUUACAUUCUGUAAGCCUGCUGAUGUUUAAUCAAAGCUGAUUGUUUUAUUUUCUAUGAAUGAAAGAAGGAAAGUUAAUAAUGCUGGAUUUUAAUAUAUAUAUCCUUGACUGACAACAUAAAACAACGAGAAUGGAAAUUGUUUUUCCGUUUUAAUCAGUUGCAAGGAAGCAUAUGCUCAUAUAAGGGUGUGUUUUUUAAGCACUAGCAUCAGUAGUGUGGUUGAUGUACAGCACUACAUCAUGUCCUGGUGGAACAAUACAACAGAUCCACUAAAUUCCAGCAAAUCUGCACAGGACCAAGUGAACUCCACGUGUCCCUUUGUUGAUUCCACUGCAGAGAGAUUUUCCAAACUCUUCGCGUACUGUUUUAUUCUACCGGGCAGUUUAUUUGGAAACAUCUUCAUAAUCAUCAUCGUCUACAAGAAUCGAGAUUUACGAAAAACAAUUAACUACUUCAUCGUGAACAUGGCCUUGUCUGAUUUAGUUUUUUCUCUGAUUAUACUCCCAGUUAAAAUAACUGAGUUGGUGACCGACUCAAGGCAUUGGUACGUCAGUGGAAUCCUAGGAGCGAUUUUGUGCAAGUUGUUCUUUUUCGCAGGCUAUGUGUCUUUUCUUGUGUCAACGCAAAGCUUGGUGUGGAUAGCAAUUGAUAGAUUUGUCGCCGUAGUUUUUCCAAUGAAACUUGGACUUAUUUCAAGCAAGAUUCGAACGAUAGCCAUCGUUUCUACCUGGAUUUGUGCAGGCUUUGUCAAUUUUCCACUGCUAAUAUCUUCGAAACUUGUUGCGCGUGGCAAUGACACAGCUUGUGCAGAGACAAAUAUGGAAUCAUUUUUCUUUAACAAGAAAGCUAACGUGACAUAUGUUUGGCUUCAGUUUUCUUUACUUAUCAUUGCUCCGUUAGUUGUAAUAACCGUUAUGUACACUGCGAUAACAAUUACCUUAAAACUGCAGAGAAAGGGCAGUUUUUUUGGGAACACGUUCAUAAUCAUCAUCGUCUACAAGCAUCAAUUAGAUUUACCAAAAACUAUCAACUAUUUCAUCGUGAACAUGGCUGUGUCCGAUCUGCUUUUCUCGCUGAUUUUACUUCCUGUUCAGAUAACUCAAUUGGUCACCAUGUCAUUGCACUGGCACGUCGGCGGAAUAUUAGGAUCGAGGUUUUGUAAGUUGUUUUAUUUCGCAAGCUCAGUGUCUCUUCUUGUUUCAGCUCAAAGCUUGGUGUGGAUAGCAGUUGAUAGAUUUGUCGCCGUAGUUUUUCCAAUAAAACUUGGUCUUAUUUCAAGCAAGAUUUGCACUAAAGCCGUAGUUUCCAUGUGGGUUUUAGCGGGCGUUUCUAUUUCCCAUCGAAGGUUUCAAGGAUAUUACUUGCUUCAUGCGACUAUCUGCUUUUUGGCUCCGCUGUUUGUAAUAACCGUUUUAUACACUGCAAUAGCGAUUUCCUUAAAAAGAAUUAGUAAAACCCUCAUGAACGUCGCACAAUAUGAACGACAACAUUCUGCAAAGAAGCGAAGACGAGCUACUAAAAUGACGAUUGUUAUCUUAGUGCUGUUUUACAUUUGCGUUAUUCCUCAAACUGUGUUACCUUUCUCCAUUGAAAACAUUAAAACGGGUUAA